CACAACGUGUGUCAAGAAGUUUCUAAAAAAUUGAACAUAAUUAUUUUUAAAAGUGGCAGAAUGCCGCCAAAAGCAAAGAAAAAUGAACCUAGUAAAAAAACUGAACAGAAGAAAAAAGAUAAAGUUGUUGAGGACAAAACGUUUGGCUUAAAGAACAAAAAAGGAGCCAAACAGCAGAAAUUCAUCCAGCAAGUUGAGAAACAAGUCAAGUUUGGCAACCAGAAAACCAGCAAGUUGGCCACGGAGACGGAAAAGGAGAGAACAAAGAAGAAGGAUGAUAAGCAGAGAGAACUGGACGAGUUGAACGCUUUGUUUAGACCUGUCCAGAGUGUAACGAGAGGUGUCGACCCAAAGUCCGUUCUGUGUGCGUUCUACAAACAGGGUCAGUGUACCAAGGGAGAUAAGUGCAAGUUCUCUCACGACCUCAACAUCAGUCGGAAGGGUGAAAAGAAGAGCGUUUAUGAUGACGUCAGAAAUGAAGACACUAUGGAGAACUGGGAUGAAGCGAAACUGGAAGACGUCAUCAAUAAAAAACACGGCGAAGCAGAGUUAUCAAAACCCAAAACAGCCAUUAUAUGUAAGUUUUUUCUGGAGGCUGUGGAAAACAACAAAUAUGGUUGGUUCUGGUCGUGUCCCAAUGGCGGAAACAAGUGUAUGUACCGGCACGCCCUCCCAGCAGGAUUUGUAUUGAAAAAAGACCAGAAAAAGGAGGACAAGAAAGAUGAAAUAUCACUGGAAGAGUUGAUAGAAAAAGAGAGAGCAGCCCUGGGCUUUGAAACGACGAGAGUGACACUGGAAAGUUUUUUAAAAUGGAAGGCGAGAAAGAAACAAGAGAAGAUCGCAACAAUGGUGGAAGAGAAUGAGAAAAAGAAAAACGACUUUAAACAAGGGAAACUGUUGGGUAUAAGUGGCAGACAGAUGUUCGAGUUCAACCCAGACUUGAUGAACGAAGAUGAUGAGGAAGCCGAAGCCUUUGAUAUCGAGAGAGAGUUGGAAGAUGAAGAGGAUGACACCAGAGUCGUUGAUAUUAACCUGGAAAUGCUGUCGGCAGGAGCAAAGGAAGUGGAUGGAACGGGAACCCAGAUGACAAUAGAAGCAAGAAAACAAUUGGCUGAAAGAUUAAAAUCCAAUGACGUCGUUAAAAAUGAUGAUGAGGCAGAAAAACUGGACAUGGCUGGAGCUUUACCAACUAUGGAGAAUAAUACAGCAAAAGAUGGAACGAAUACGACAAGCACGGCAGCUGUGAAUGGCGACGUUGUGGCCGACGUCCCCAUUGAUGAGGAUUUGUUCGCUGGAGAUGAUAUAGACUUCUUAGAUGAUGAUUUGGACAAUUUGGAUGUGGAAGAUUGAUGUUAAACCAAGAAUUUUUUUUUUUUUUUUUUUUUUUAAAAGAAGCAAUUGUGAAAAAAAAACUAGUUCAGUUUCCGCAAUGAAUACCUGUUUCAGUGAUAAAGUAUUGGCUAUAAUGAAGAAACUGACUUGAUGAAACCUACAAAAUAUUGUGAGGGCUGUUCCAGAUUGGUCACAUGGGAGGAGUGGAAGGUUGUGGUCACAAGAUCCUUCCUGUUAUAUCUGAAAAUAUAGCAGCUUAACCUACAAUUUUAUCUGAUUUACUUAAUGGGUGAGGGGUAGUAGUAUUCAUAUCCAUGGUGUAUAUGUUGAUUAAAAUGCUAUAUGUAACAGUUUUAUCUGCAUAUGUUAUUAUUGUUGCCUUUGGGAUUUGAUUUGGUGGCAUACACCCUGCAGCAGACACACCAAGCAUAAAUUUAAUUUAAUGAUUGUGCCUCCUGCCUCCCCCUAUGAUCAUUUGUGGAACAACCUGAAAGAGAAGAACAAAAGAGAUACAGAUUUUAUUUCAGCAGGAAUUAGAAGUUGUCAUGGAUUCAUGGAAUAUUAUUUUAUUUAAAGUUAAAACAUUAUUGAAAAUGUUUGUGUAACUGAGUGAAUUAAUUUUUGUUUCUU